GUGCCACUUCACAGGCAUACCAUAGACACCCAGCAGCAGAUGCAAUCCAUUCAAGUUUUUGGUCAGACUUGUCAUAAAAAAACAUAAGUCAGAUGAGAAACGAGCCAUAUGAGUGUCUUAAGUGACGGAAAGUAUUUUUUGCAAUUCACUGGAGGAUUCACACAGGAUUCAAGACAUAUCCAUGGUCUAAAUGUUUUAAGUGUUUUGGAUCCUCUUCAACAUUGAUCCAUCCUCAGAGGACAACAGGAGAGAAGUCAUUUCAGUGUUCUGGAAGUGACAAUGGCUUUACAGUAAAGUCCAACCCAUGUAUACAUAAGAGGAGUCAUUUCAGAAGAUAUUUCUUGUUUGGAAUGGGAUAAAGGUUUUACAAUGGAGGCAAAACAUAUCACACACCAGAAGGUUCACACUGGAAAGAAGCCAUAUCAGUGUUCUGAAUGUGACAAAACUUUUUCAACCAAAGGAGAGCUUAUCAUACACGAGAGGGUUCACACUGGAGAGAAACCUUUUCGGUGUUCUGAAUGUGGCAAAACAUUUACACAGAAGGGUGGCCUUAACACACACAAGAUGAUUCACACUGAAAAGAGGCCAUAUCAGUGUUCAGAAUGUGACAAAGCUUUUAUACAGAAAGAUCAUUUUAUUGUACACAAGAUGACUCACACUGGAGAGAAGCCAUAUCAAUGUUCAGAAUGUGACAAAGCUUUUACAUCUAAGUCAUAUCUUAUCAGACACCAGAAGAUUCACACUGGAGAGAAGCCAUAUGAGUGUUCUGAAUGUGACAAAGCUUUUACAACAAAGAGAGAGCUGAUCACACACCAGAGGGUUCACACUGGAGAGAAGCCGUAUCAGUGUUCUGAAUGUAACAAAGCUUAUAAAACAAAGUCAAACCUUAUCUUUCACCAGAUGAAUCACACUGGAAAGAAGCGGUAUGAGUGUUCUGAAUGUAAAAAAGCUUUCGCAGAGAAGAGAGAACUUAUCAGUCACCAGAUGAUUCACACUGGAGAGAGGCCCUAUGAGUGUUCUGAAUGUGACAAAGCUUACACAGACAAGAAAGGGCUUAACAGACAUCAGAAAAUUCACAUUGAAGAGAAGCCAUAUGAGUGUUCUGAAUGUGACAAAGCUUUUACACAGAAGUCAUGUCUCAUCAGACACCGGAGAAUUCACACUGGAGAGAAGCUGUAUCAGUGUUCUGAAUGUGAUAAAGCUUUUACAGAGAGGCACACCCUUUUCCGACACACAAGGGUCCACACCAGAGAGAAGCCAUAUAAAUGUUCUGAAUGUGGCAAAGCUUUUGCAUGUAAGUCAUAUCUUAUCAUCCACCAGAGGAUUCACACUGGAGAGAAGCUGUAUCAGUGUUCAGAAUGUGAUAAAGCUUUUAUAGUGAAGACAAGCCUUACCACACACCAGAGGGUUCACACUGGAGAGAAGCCAUAUCAAUGUUCUGAAUGUGACAAAGCUUUUACGAAUAAUGCAAAACGUAUCACACACCAGAAGGUUCACACUGGAAAGAAGCCAUAUCAGUGUUCUGAAUGUGAUAAAACGUUUACAAAAAAGUGUAAUCUUAUCACACACCAGAGGAUUCACACUGGAGAGAAGUCGUAUCAGUGUUCUGAAUGUGGCAAAGCUUUUACAGAGAAGUCAAAUCUUAUUGCACACAAGAGGAUUCAUACUGGAGAGAAGCCAUAUCAGUGUUCUGAAUGUGACAAAGCUUUUACAGAGAAGUCACAUCUUAUCAGACACCAGAUAAUUCACACUGGAAAGAAGCCCUAUGAGUGUUUUGAAUGUGGCAAAGCUUUUACAACAAAGAGAGAGCUUAUCACACACCAGAGGGUUCACACUGGAGAGAAGCCUUAUCAGUGUUCUGAAUGUAACAAAGCUUAUAAAACAAAGUCGCACCUUUUCAUUCACCAGAUGAUUCACACGGGAAAUAAGCGGUAUGAGUGUUCUGAAUGUAAAAAAGCUUUUGCAGAGAAGAGAGAACUUAUCAGACACCAGAUGACUCACACUGGAGAGAGGCCCUAUGAGUGUUCUGAAUGUGACAAAGCUUAUACAGACAAGAAAGGGCUUAACAGACAUCAGAAAAUUCACAUUGAAGAGAAGCCAUAUGAGUGUUCUGAAUGUGACAAAGCUUUUACACAGAAGUCAAUCCUUAUCAGACACCAGAGGGUUCACACUGGAGAAAAACGAUAUCAGUGUUCUGAAUGUAACAAAGCUUUCACACAGAAGUCGCACCUUAUCAGUCACCAGAGGAUUCACACUGGAGAGAAGCCAUUUCAAUGUUCUGAAUGUGACAAAGCUUUUACGAGAACAUCGCACCGCAUAGAACACCAGAAGGUUCACACAGAAGAGAAACCAUAUCAGUGUUCCGAAUGUGAUAAAGCUUUUACAUUGAAGUCAAAACUUACCGGACACCAGAGGAUUCACACUGGGGUGAAAUCAUAUCAGUGUUCUGAAUGUGGCAAAGCUUUUAGAACCAAGAACGAGCUUAUCAUACACCAGAGGGUUCACACUGGGGAGAAGCCAUAUCAGUGUUCUGAAUGUUUCAAAGCUUUUACACAGAAGGCACACCUUACCAGCCACCAGAGGGUUCACACUGGGGAGAAGCCAUAUCAAUGUUCUGAAUGUGGCAAAGCUUUUACACAGAAGGGACGCCUUAUCAGUCACCAGAUGAUUCAUACUGGAAAUAAGCCAUAUGAGUGUUCCAAAUGUGAUAAAGCUUUUACAUUGAAGCCACAACUUACCAGACACCAGAGGAUUCACACUGGGGAGAAAUCAUAUCAGUGUUCCGAAUGUUGCAAAGCUUUUAGAACCAAGCGAGUGCUUAUCACACACCAGAGGGUUCACACUGGAGAGAAGCCAUAUCAAUGUUCUGAAUGUUGCAAAACAUUUGCAGCUAUGCAAAAUUUUAUCGUACACCAGAGGGUUCACACUGGAGAGAAGCCAUAUCAGUGUUAUGAUUGUGUCAAAGCUUUUAGAGCCAAAAAAGAGCUUAUCAUACACCAGAGGGUUCACACUGGGGAGAAGCCAUAUCAAUGUUCUGAAUGUUGCAAAGCUUUUAGAACCAAGAAAGAGCUUAUCGCACACCAGAGGGUUCACACUGGAGAGAAGCCAUAUCAGUGUUCUAAUUGUUGCAAAGCUUUUACACAUAAGUCAAAUCUUAUCAGACACCAGAGGGUUCACACUGGAGAGAAGCCAUUUUAAUGCUCUGAAUGUGACAAAGAUUUUACAAUUAGUGUCGGGCUAAUGUAUCGCCUGAGGAUUCACAAGCUUCACCAUAGAAGCUUACAGUCCAUACAGCAAUUGGAGCUGGAGGAAUCAGAUAGAGCUAAUAACAUCGGACCUGGGCCUGCAGAUGGGAAGGCGGAGCCAGGAAAAUAUGGUGGGGAAGCGCCAACGGGGUGGGGAUCUAAGUCAUCUAAGAGAAGUAAGAUGAACCCGUUUACUGGAGUCAUGGAUCAGAUAACCAAUGAGACCAUUGAUGGUAGAGCAGAGCUGACAGCAGAAGAGUCUCCAUCACCUAAGGUGGUGUCACAGAACUGCAUGGCUGAUGACUAUCUCUCGGAAGAUCAAGGUGGAGUCUACAAACUGGUGUCACAUAGAGAGUGUUGUCCAUUUAUUUUGUAUCAUGAAGAUCUCAGAAGAAGAUAUCUACACAAGGAAACCCACCUGUCCACAUCCGACUUUCACCGCAUGCAAAGACUGUGGGUAGGCACAGUCCUGGGCUCUGAUGCAGUUGCCCGUAAGGCAGGAGUUCUCCUGCUAAUCCAUAAAAAUCUACCGUGUACGGUUCUAGCUGUAAAAACUGACGCAGAUGGCCGACUUCUAUCCGCUCAUGUGCAAAUAGGAACGAAGGAACUAAUGAUCUCCAAUGUAUAUGCCCCCAACAGCCCCGGAAAGACUUUCUACAAUACUUUGACCACUUGGCUGCUUCAAAACCCCCACCUCCCCCAUCUGGUAGGGGGCGACUUCAACGACGUCAUCCACCAGAUAGAUGACAGAUCAACCCCUAAACAUACAGGGACCCGAACUGCUUCUCUCACACCUUCCCUUUUUGCGUCCACCAUGGACUCCCUUCACCUUCGUGACCUGUGGCGCCUACAGCAUCCCGCAGAUAGGGAAUUCACUUUCUAUUCCAACCCCCACUCCGUUUUUACUCGCAUUGACUAUUUCUUCGGCUCUGACAAUCUCAUCCCUCUGAUGUCCGACACUGAUGUAUUAGACAUAGCCAUAUCAGAUCACGCCCCGAUCCUUCUGACUAUGGACAACCUCGACCUGCCCCCCCACCCCCGGAUCUGGCGCUUCCCCUCAUACCUCUACAACCUAACCGACUUCCAGCAAUCCAUGGAGAAGGCUUGGUUAGAAUAUUCCUCAGCCAAUGCCCCCCACUCCGACAAUCCAAACCUCUUCUGGGACGCCGGCAAGGCUUUCCUCAGAGGUCAGAUCAUCUCCUAUGCCUCCUCUUUUAAACGUCAUGCAUUAUCACGUUACAAAUUAGCCAGCUCCAGACUACACAAAGCCCAGAGGGCUCUGUACUCCUCCGGCUCCCCCAAUGACAGAGAAGAGUGGCUAGCAGCGAAAAGUUCCUUUGACACCUGGGCAGACACCAUUGAAUUGACCAAAAAAGCAAACCUAGACGCCACCCUACACAGGUUCGGGAACAAAUCAGGCAAACUCCUCUCCAGACUCUGCAAGGGCUCCUUCCGACCCACCCAUAUCACGUCCCUAAGAGACUCCAAAGGUACCGUACACACCACACCAUCUACUAUAAACAAGACGAUGCUUCAGUACUACUCAUCCCUCUAUGCCCCAGACCCAAUUGAUAGACAGGCGGCCCAAGCCUUUUUGGAUAACCUAAACCUUCCCACGGUCACCCCCUCCCAACUAGAGACCCUUAACGCCCCCAUUACCCUCUCAGAAGUAUCUAAUACCAUCCGCAAAAUUGCCCCCUCCAAGGCCCCUGGCCCUGAUGGCUUUACGGGUGAAUUCUACAAGACCCUUCAAACUCUAGUAGAACCUACCCUUCACAAAGUAUAUUCAGACAUGUGGUCCGGCGGUCCCUACUUGCCGUCAGGUAACCAGGCCAUCAUCAAAUUACUAUCGAAGAAGGGCAAGGACCCCUUGGAGCCAGGAUCUUAUAGACCCAUCUCCCUACUUAACCUGGAUGUCAAGAUCCUAUCAAAAAUCAUAUCGAAUCGACUAUCUGACAUCAUCCCCUCCCUGAUUCACCCUGCACAAUCAGGCUUUGUGAAGGGCAGAACGGCCACCCUUAACAUACGUAAAGUUAUGCUGGCCUUGGAACAUGCUAAGCAUCACCCAAAUGGCGAUUUUGCCAUCAUAACUUUAGAUGCAGAAAAAGCCUUUGACAAUGUCAGCUUUGAUUGGCUUGCCCUGACUUUGUCAAAGAUGGGCUUCUCGGGUCCCUUCUGCCACCUCAUAAACUCCAUGUAUUCCUCCCCCACGGCGAAACUAGUGGCAGCGGGCCUACUCUCGGAAGAAUUUCGUUUACACAAAGGCACACGUCAAGGCUGCCCUCUAUCGCCACUCUUAUUUAACAUUGCCUUAGAACCCUUAUCCAGACACCUCAUCCAGGUAGCACCUCUUCACGGUAUCCCUAUCGGCGACUAUGACCUACGCUCUUCCCUCUUUGCGGACGACGUCCUUAUUUUCUCGGCCGACCCCUCCUCCGAUAUGUCCACUAUCAAAAGAGUUUUUGACACUUUCCGAACCUGCUCAGGCUUACGCAUAAACUAUGGCAAAAGUGAGAUACUCCCGCUAGGGAGUGGCCCACCCCCCUCAUGGUCACAUCACUCAAUCUUUUCUAUUGCUAAAUCACAUAUCACCUACUUGGGUAUAUCAAUAGGAAAGACGCCCUCUUCCCUGUACUGUCUUAACUAUCCCCCCCUGCUAGCAAAAAUCUCGCAAGAACUGGCAAACUGGAUGGAUCUGCCCCUCUCGCUCCUGGGCAGGUGUCACCUUAUCAAAAUGGUCAGCUUUGCUCGGCUGCUAUAUCCAAUGCAGACUAUACCUCUGCUCCUCCGGCAUAAGGAUAUCAUGCAUCUUGAAUCGGCUGUCUCUAAAUUUAUAUGGCGAGGUAAAAGACCCCGCAUUGCUCUAAAGAAACUCUACCUGCCCAGACGCGAAGGGGGUGUUAGCCUUCCUAAUGUGAGAACCUAUAACUUAGCCUGCUUAAUGAGAAUCGGUCUGGACUGGAUCACACAAUCCUCACGUUACUCCAACUACCCCCUGGAAGCUGCCAUGGCUCAUCCCUUCUCCCUCAUAGCUCUCCUCCAUAGCAAAUGGAAAUCGGUCCCAACACUGUACCAACACAACCUCCUGCUAAGGGACACUGCUAUUGCCUGGAGGGAAAUCAGAAAGAGCCUUCGGCUGCCCCUCUACAUAUCUCGUCAUGUCCCAAUCCAGGGAAACCCAAAUUUCCCCCCAGGCAUGGACUACAAACCUUUUAAAAUCUGGCAAGACAAAGGCCUCACCAAGUUCUCAUCCCUCUGUGACGCAACAACCGGUCGUCCCUUACCCUUUAAAACGGUGGCUACCACCUUCUCGCUCCCUCCCUCCCAUAUGUUUCACUUCUGGCAAUGCAUCAACUACUUAAAGGCCACCUGCACUGCGGCCAACAACCGUUUCUCCCCCAACUUCUCCGACCAGUUCAUCGCAGAAGACUCAUACAGGAUCUCGGCCAUCUACAGACCCCUACUCCUCAAAACCACUCCUCCCUUACGUGCCUCAUCCGCAGCUAAUUGGGGCAGAGACUUCCCGGAUGACAACUUAGUCAAUAAGCUACUUCAAGGCCUCAACAAGGUCCAACGCUUGACCCCCAAUGAAAUCUGGAGAGAAACUCAACUGAAAAUCGUCCACCGGGCGCACAUACCCUUUCUCUACUCCACAACGGACCCUGAGGCCGCAAAAUGCCCCCUGUGUCAUCAUCAGAGACCUUCCCUGACCCACCGUUUUUGGUCAUGCUCGUUCAUAUCUUCCUUUUGGGACCAGAGAUGUGGUGAGAUCUUCCUCUCCUUUGAUCUCAGUAACCCUGGAAAUCCACAGAGACAUUUCAGUGGGAUAGAAGAUCUCACCACGUUUAUAAGUCAAACCCAUGUAUACAUAAGAGGAGUCAUUUCAGAAGAUAUUUCUCAUUUGGAAUGUGAUAAAGGUUUUACAAUGGAGGCAAAACGUAUCACACACCAGAAGGUUCACACUGGAAAGAAGCCAUAUCAAUGUUCUGAAUGUGACAAAGCUUUUACAUCGAAGUCACAUCUUAUCACACACCAGAGGGUUCACACUGGAGAGAAGCCAUAUCAGUGUUCUGAAUGUGACAAAGCUUUUACAUCAACGUCAAACCUUACCAUACACCAGAAGAUUCACACUGGAGAGAAGCCAUAUCGGUGUUCUGAAUGUGACAAAACUUUUACAUCGAUGUUGCAUCUUAUCAAACACCAGAUGAUUCACACUGGAGAGAAGUCAUUUCAGUGUUCUGAAUGUGGCAAAUCUUUUACACAGCAUUACAACCUCAUCAGACACGAGAAGAUUCACACUGGAGAGAAGCCAUACCAAUGUUCUGAAUGUGGCAAAGCUUUUAUAGGCAAGAGCGAUCUUAUCAAACACCAGAGGGUUCACACUGGAGAGAAGCCAUAUGCUUGUUCUGAAUGUGGAAAAGCUUUUACACGCAAUGAUGAACUUAUCAUACACCAGAGAAUUCACACUGGAGAGAAGUCAUUUCAGUGUUCUGAAUGUGACAAAGCUUUUGCAUGGAAGCCAAACCUCAUCCAACACCAGAAGAUUCACACUGGAGAGAAGCCAUUUCAGUGUUCUGAAUGUGACAAAGCUUUUACAUUGAGGUCAAACCUUAUCAGACACCUGCAGAUUCACACUGGAGAGAAGCCAUUUCAAUGUUCUGAAUGUGACAAAGCUUUUACAUUGAAGGCAAACCUUAUCAGACACCAGAAGAUUCACACUGGAGAGAAGCCAUUUUAAUGUUUUGAAUGUGAAAAAUAUACAACCUCUAGAAGCUUAAUCUGAGUAUAAUAGAAAGGGGGUGUACCAUUGUCCAAUAUAUAAUAAAUGGGAAAACUAGGAGAUCGGUCCCCCAAGACAAGGAGAAAUUGACUAUCUCGGUACUGGCUCAUUUUAGCAUAAAUUUCAAGUUGUAUAAUAAAUAAAUAAUUGUAUUAAUACAGAU